AUGAAGAUUAAGAAUGCCAUGCUGAUUGUUCAGGUGAUCGGAAAUAUCACGACUUGGACUUGUUCAGUACCCUAUUUAAUUUCUACCAACACUUGGAACAAUUACGCCUUCCGCUGGUAUUCUACAAAUGGAAAUAUUGACAUCUUCUUGAAUAAAAAAUUAACAGCGAGUUGUGAAGGUCCGAAAAUCCAGACCAUUAAUGGUGUGAUUAAAACAGAGGCCCAGGGAAUAUGGCUAGGAUGUACGGCUGAAAACGGCACGGUGAUUGAAACCACAACUAUUGUUAACGCACAUGUUAUCCAUCCCGUUCUUUGGUACUGGCCCUUGAAUCUUAAUGUACUUUUCCUCGGUGAUAAAGCUGAUCGGCUUGAGAUUCCAAUCACUGUUGCUCCUACUACUGAGUCUCCAAUUGUUCUUGAAGUUGACUACACCAAACUUGUCGAGGAAUAUCAACCCAAAGACUGGUCCUCCCUCCCCACGAAUCCCUACUAUGCCACUGCGGAUGGAUUUUAUGAAUUGACUAGCAGUCCCACUCAACACCUCGGACAGGAUGUCGAACUGGUCAAACCGAACUGCCGUGGACGCGGCUCCUAUAGGCUCAAGACGAACAAUGCCUAUUACAUACUCGGCAACAUUGAUCCCGCUUUCUCGUUGCCUUCGAUUGCGGGUGGUUUUUCCAUUGGUGCAUGGGUUAGUAUACCGUCAACCCUCUUGGCCAACUCCAUACCACAUUCAUUAUUCGAGAUCGCUGGUUUUAUUCGGGUUGUUCUCUUUGGAGACUUCCUGCAUGUAUUUGGUAAGUGA